AUGAUGCGUCCACCGAUUAUUCUGCUCAAAGACGGGACAGAGAACAAGCAAGGAAAAGGUCAGAUUUUGUCGAACAUCAGCGCCUGCCAGGUCGUCGCUGACAGCAUUCGCACAACUCUCGGACCUCGUGGACUCGACAAAUUGAUCGUCGACAGCAAAGGUCAAACCACAAUUUCCAACGAUGGAGCGACGAUUCUGAAGCUUUUGGACAUUGUUUUCCCAGCCGCUUCGGUUAUGGUCGAUAUUGCGAGAUCGCAAGACGCCGAAGUCGGAGAUGGAACCACUUCAGUCGUUGUUCUUGCCGCCGAAAUGCUGAAGCGCGUGAAGCCGUUCAUCGAAGACGGCGUUCACCCGCAGCUUCUCAUUCGUGCCUUCUCCAAGGCGUGCGAAGAAGCGCUGAAAUGUCUCAGCCAGCUUGAGAUCAAGAUCAGCGGCGAGCAGGAGCUUCGCGAAAUGCUUGUCAAAUGCGCGGCGACCACAUUAAGCAGCAAAUUGGUGAGCCAGGAAAGGCAAUUUUUCGCCAACAUGGUCGUUGACGCCGUCAAUACGCUUGAUGAAUCGCUUCCGUUGAACAUGAUCGGAAUCAAGAAAGUCAGCGGAGGAAAUUUGCAUGAUUCGCGUCUCAUCAAAGGCGUCGCUUUCCAGAAGGCUUUCAGCUACGCCGGAUUCGAAAUGCAGCCAAAGAAAUACGCGAACGCGAAAAUCGCGCUUCUCAACGUCGAGCUCGAAUUGAAGGCGGAGAAGGACAAUGCCGAGAUGCGGCUGACGAAUGUCAACGAUUUCCAAUCGGUCGUCGACGCUGAAUGGAACAUUUUGUACUCGAAAUUGCAAAAAAUUGCCGAUUCUGGAGCCAACGUCGUUUUGUCGAAAUUGCCGAUUGGCGAUGUUGCGACUCAAUGGUUCGCUGAUCGCGACAUGUUCUGCGCAGGACGAAUUCCGCAGGACGAUCUUGAUCGACUCAUGGCGGCGUGCGGCGGUUCGGUUCUCACCACUGUCUCGCAGAUUGACGACUCGGUUUUGGGUAAAUGCGGAAAAUUCUAUGAGCAGCAAGUUGGAAGCGAACGCUACAACUUCUUCGAGGAAUGCUCCAAGGCGCAUGCUUGCACUAUUCUACUUCGCGGAGGUGCUGAGCAAUUCAUUGCCGAGACUGAACGAUCCCUUCAUGACGCUAUUAUGAUUGUGAGAAGGGCCAAGAAAAAUGACUCGAUUGUUGCUGGUGGUGGCGCCAUCGAGAUGGAAUUGGCGAAAUUGUUGCGCGAGAAGGCGAAAUCGAUUGCCGGCAAAGAGCAAUUCUUCUGGUUGGCGUACGCGAGAAGCUUUGAAAUCAUCCCUCAACAGCUUUGCCAGAACGCUGGAAUCGACGGAAUGGAUAUUUUGAACAAAUUGAGACAUCGCCACAGUCAAGGUGACAAAUGGGCCGGUAUUGAUAUUCAUCGAGAAGCGGUUGGCAAUAAUCUCACCGCGUGUAUUUGGGAGCCAAGCAUCGUUAAGAGGAACGCGAUCACCGCCGCCACCGAAGCCGUGUGUCUUGUUCUCUCGAUCGACCAGACUGUCAAGAAUGUUCGAAGUCCAUCCGGCGGCGCCAUGCCCGGACUUCCGCAACAGCAUUAA